AAUCCUAAAUCCUAAAGCCAUGGUGAUUUCCAUGGAUUUCUCCUCUCUUGAUCUUGUGAGCCCUUCAAUGGCAGGAGCAUUAUUUAUUAUAGUAAUGUCCCUUUAUUAUUAUUUCUUAAAUGGGAACGUGUUCCAAAUUCUUGGUGCUGGAGCUCAUCGUAAACUUAAUAAACCACCGGAACCAAGCGGAGCUUGGCCUGUUCUGGGUCACCUCAAGCUUUUCCGAGGUCCCAAAUUUUUCCACAUAACAUUGUCUGAGAUGGCCGACAAAUAUGGCCCGAUUUUCAGCAUCCGUCUUGGACUUCGUCAGGCUAUUGUGGUUAGCAAUUGGGAGUUGGCCAAAGAACUGUCCACUACUCACGACCUAGCCGUGGCAUCGCGUCCUCAAAUGCUAGCAUCAAAGCACUUGGGGUACAACUAUGCCAUGUUUGCCUUGUCCCCGUACGGGUCAUAUUGGAGGGAUAUUCGAAAAUUCGUGUCGUUGGAGUUGUUGUCUAUGCCACGACUCAAUUUGCUCAGCCAUAUAAGGGUGUCCGAGACAAAAUCGUCAAUCCAACAACUUUAUAAGUUAUGGGUGGAUAAAGUAGAUGACAACGACUUGACUUCUUUGACUGGUGUCACGGUGGAGAUGAAGCAGUGGAUAUCAGACUUGACAACAAACGUGAUGUUUAGGAUGAUCUACGGGAAAAGAUAUUCUGGGGCUGAUGUUGACAUGGAGGAAGCUCGAAAGUAUCAAAGAAUUUUCAAGAAGUUCUUACAUCUAUUUGGUUUAAAUGUGGUGGGAGACAUGAUACCAUGUCUUAGAUGGUUAGAUAUAGGUGGUCACGAGAAGGUCAUGAAAGAAACAUCAAAAGAAUACGACCAACUCAUGGUGAAGAUGCUAGAAGAGCACAAUGAUCAGCACGGUAGGGGUAAGACGGAUCGAGAUUUUAUGGAUGUGAUGAUCUCAAUGUUUAAGGAGACCAAUAUAAAUGGUUAUGAUGCUGAUACCAUUAACAAAGCAACAUGCUCGGUUUUGAAUAUUGCGGGAGUAGAGCCCACCUCCACGAUGCUUAUAUGGACUCUUUGCUUACUCAUGAACCACCGCCAUGUGUUGAUGAAGGUUGAAGAAGAGUUGGACAUUCAUGUGGGCAAAGAAAGGAACGUGGAGGAGUCUGAUAUUCCCAAAUUGGUAUACCUCCAAGCUGUUAUCAAAGAAUCGCUAAGGCUAUAUCCACCGGCUCCACUAGCAGCCCCAAGAGAGGUCACACGAGAUUGUGUGGUCGGUGGCUAUCAUGUGGCGGCAGGGACAAGGCUCUUUUUACACCUUUGGAAACUCCAACGCGAUCCUAAGAUAUGGUCAGAUCCAUUAGAGUUUCGGCCAGAGAGAUUUCUGACUACUCAUAGCAAUAUAGAUUUUCGUGGCCAGAAUUUUGAGCUGAUUCCUUUUGGUGCCGGUAGGAGAGUGUGCCCUGGAAUAAACCUUGGCAUGCAAAUGGGACACUUGAUCUUAGCUAGCUUGGUGCAGUCUUUUAAGUUCUUAAAUCCCAUCAAUGAACUUGUAGAUAUGACUGAGGUUGAAGGAUUGUCAAUAUCUAAAGCUACCCCUCUUGAACUAAUCAUCAUUCCUAAACUUUCUAGUAAUCUUUAUGCAUGAUUCAUGGAAUAUGAAUGAGUUCAAGAUCGGCCUCCUCCUGCUCUAUCUAGCUCUUUUGGUACUGGGUCAAAUCCAUUGGGCUUUAGUUGAAUUUUCAAUAACAUAUAUUUGUGUUUGAACUAGCAUCAUAAUAAAAAGAUGGAUACAUUUGACCACAAAAUGUCUUCACUGCAACAUAAUCUAGCUUCUUCUUGUUUUCAUUUCUUUUAUAAAUAUCUGGGUGUGUGAAGAC